AUGAAGAGCACAGAUGCAUUUUUCUGGCAGGGAGCUGGUGAAGGAGCAUCUCACUGCAAACACAAUGACUUUGGCCUGGGGACUGAAGCAGAGGAGAAACAGAUCACACCUAUUCUGGAGCACAAGAAAACCAGUGAUCUUUUACUAAUUUCUGGUGGUUUUUUGUUUGUUGUUUUUUUUUUCCUUUUGACUUUCCAGGCCGUGAACGAGACAGGUGACUGUUUGAUGACGAACAGAGUCCUAGAAAAGUAUUACCUUUCUGCCAUGUACAGCCUUGAGUUCAUUUUAGGCUUCACUGGAAACACCGUUGUUAUGUUUGGAUAUAUUUUCUGCCUGAAAAACUGGAAAAGUUGCAACAUCUACCUGUUCAAUUUAUCAUUAUCAGAUUUAUUAUUUCUGUGUACUCUUCCAGUCCUUGUGAACAACUACUCCAGAGAUCAAUGGAUAAAGGACAGCACCUUGUGCCACAGCAACAGAUUCCUGUUGCAUGCAAACCUGUACAGUAGCAUCCUUUUCCUCACAUUUAUCAGCAUUGACCGAUACAUGCUGAUAAAAUACCCUUUCAGAGAACAUUUUCUACAAAAAAGGAAAAUGGCCUUAAUUGUGUCCGCUGCCAUAUGGAUCGGGGUGAUACUGGAACUGCUGCCACUGAUGUAUUUCCUGGAGGCUACAAUGUCUGCUGAUAAUUACAAAUGUCUUGAUUAUGCAAGCUCUGGAGAUCCCGUGAAAAGCCUCAUCUAUAGCAUGUUCCUGACUGUCUUUGGGUUCCUUAUCCCUCUCUUGAUCAUGUGUUGCUUCUGUGUGAAGAUGGUUCUUUUUCUUAAAAACAGGAGCGAGCAACUUAGUUCUCUUCUGACACUUGAAAAACCUCUCACUUUAGUCAUCCUUACAGUGGUUAUCUUCUCACUGCUCUUUACUCCCUAUCAUGUAAUGCGCAAUGUCCGACUUGCUUCCCGAAUACCAGCCUUGAAUGUCUCUGUGUGCACGCAGGGUGUCAUCAACACUGUUUAUGUCAUCACAAGACCUAUUGCAUUUUUAAAUAGUGCCGUUAAUCCUGUUUUCUAUUUCUUAAUGGGGGACCACUUCAGAGAGAUGUUGAUGGCAAAACUAAGGCAGGUCUUGAGCAGAUUGACAACCACUGGCAAAUGA